AUGGGGGAGGAAGGCUCCGACUCAACCAGGGUGGACCAGGCCAUGGACCUGUAUGCCAAGGCAGCUACUUGGCCUGUCGUGACCGAGGGCACUGUCCGCUGCCGCGAAAGCGUGUGGCGCGUAGAGCUUGCUGUUCGACAGCGUCACUUGGCAACACACACCAAACUCGAGAGCACCACUACUGUGGCGCUCAACGCCGCCAAUCUUGCUCAGCUCUAUACCUCGUCGACUCCAAAAGCCAACAACAUUACGAGCAGCCAUGCCGCCGACGAUGGUGCCGACCCCGAGACAUUAUCCAGCGCCCGUAUCGACCACGUGGAAAUAGAGGCGGCCGGCGACAAGCGUCGCUUCCUUCGCUACUACUCGAGCCCAGAUAACUUGGCCCACAGCCUCGAAGUCACCCACCUUCUCGACUACGUCUACGGAGAGGACGUUGAAUUUGCUGGACACGCUUGGUCCCCAGACGCCCUUCACUAUGCUUUUGUGGCCGAACAAAAGCAGCCGCGUCAGGAUCACUGGUGCAAGGACCGCGAGCACCCCCAACCCAAACCGACCUCUCAAGCAGAACAAGCCGCGCACAGCACCUUCCUGGCUCGAGAGAACUGGGGAGAGGGGCGAGCAAAGGUGAUGGCGCCAGUGCUCUUUCUAUUCGAUUGUGUGACUGGCCGCCUAAGCACUGCCACUCUACCUGCGGGCGUGCUGCCCGGCCAACCCCUUUUCCUCAACUCGACACAACUAGCCAUGGUGGCCUGGUCCAAUACUGCGCCCCGCCCACCCGGCAUUCUCUACUGCGCCAACCGAGAAAGCCGGCCCCACUCGGCAGUGAGCUGUGGCUUUACCCCACUCUUGAGUGCGCUCGUUGCUGUGGGCUAUGGCAUCUUGCUGCCCAACUAUCGUGGCUCGCUUGGGAAUGGCACUGCAGCCGUGGCUUCGCUCGUGGGCAAAAUUGGCCAACAGGACGUGGCCGAUACCAUGGCCUGCUUGGAUGAGGUGCAGGCUGCCGAAGCUUGGGCAGCAUCGCUGCCGGUGCACGUCUUUGGAGGCUCGCAUGGUGGAUUUUUGACAGCGCACCUCAGUGGGCGAUUCCCGCAACGCUUUCAAAGCGCAACUUUGCGCAAUCCUGUCAUUGACGUGGCCUCAAUGAUUUGUGCGACGGAUAUCCCCGAUUGGUGCUUGGUGGAGUGCGGUAUUCCCGAAUCCACUCUUGUGUGCAACAUGACGACAGCGCAGUGGGAGAUGCUCCGCCAAGCCUCGCCCUUGCAGUAUGCAGGAGCUGCCAGCGCGAGUGCCGUCCAAUCGGCACCCAUGGACUUUAAAACGGCUGGCUAUGAAGCCGAUGAUCAAACUGCCGGUGCUUACUCUUCCAUGCCCGCGCCCACGUUUGGGGCCAAGGGCGGGCCACAGAAGAAGAAGAUGGCCAAGAAGGCUCCCCCCAAGAAGGAGCCCGCUCAGAAGAAGGCGCCUUCCAAAGCCAAAAUGUUUUCAAAGUCAGCCGCCAGCUUUGCAUCUGAUGACGAAGGUGAUGAUGAUUUCAACCUGUCGGGCUUGAGCGCCAAGAGCAAAACCAAAACCAAAACGGCGCAGUCUGCGACCAAAACGCAAUCCGCCUAUGAUCGGUUCGUGACAGCCACAUUGAGGCAGCGAGAAAGCGACGCCAGCUAG